AUGGCAUCUCUGAUCAAAGUACUGUUUGUCGUGGGCAAGAAUGAGAGCCUGAGACGAAAACUACUGCACUUCUGGGACGAGUUGACUUCAACCAUUGGUUGGAGAAUAACAGGCUAUGGGAGUUGGGCCGUGGAAGAGGGUUCCGUGCCACUGCCCGGUCUCAUAGUCGUGACAGCCAGAGAAGGUUCCCUGCAAUGCUUCCCAGAUUCAGCGGAGGCAAUUUUGCUCGCCCACGACUUUGUCCGAGUCAAGACGAUCACGGGACACCAAUCGAUAAACGCGCGGUAUUUCAAGGCGCCUCAAAGAAUUCUUCCUACCGUUAGGCGUUUCGCCCUUCCGAGCCAGGCACUGAACUACCCCAGCAUGUUCAAAGUCAUCCUUGGUGGGCGAUCUACCAACCAGACAGUCUUGCGGGUCAAGUGGCAAGGAUUCUGGUACAAGUUUACGGAGACGAGAACUUGGCGGUGGACCAAGUUCACCCAGUUCUCCUUCCACAACAAUACGGUCCUGGUCACGACGGCAGAGUCGGAGGUGUCGAACGCUCUAUACACGAUGGCCCAGGAGAUACUGCAAGCUCACGGGUUCAGAGCCAAGCUCCCUGAGACGCAGAUGAUCCCGGAGUUCCAGUCCCCCGCCGAAAUUCCCGAUGUCGAAGUGAACGAUUUCCUCACUCACCCCAGAUCCAGACUCGUCAAGGUCUUAUUUGUGGAGAGCACAGGACCGAAUGUUCCGCUACCUCGCCCCAGGCUGCGAAAGUUCAUGGAUAGUUUGGUAGCAUCUAAGCCCGGCACCAGAGCCGGAUAUAACUGGAAUUUCUCCCGCGAUAAUGAGAUUCUUUUCUCUGCAGGAUCCGACAUAACCCGCUUCAACGAACUGGCUCGUCUCCUCCAGAUAAAUGGCUUCUCUUUUUUGGGACACCAGGAAGAUGUCCCAGCAUUCCAGGCCCCUCUCAUUGUCCCCGAGUUUCGUGCUGUUUAA